AUGACUUUACUUUCUCUUUAUGGUUUCCUCACCGUUGAGAACCGCAGAACUCAUUCUCAGUCACAAGUUCGAAUCCACUUCCAUCAACCAGAUCUUCCAUUGAAUAAGAACGGAUCAAACAAAGCACACCAAAUCAAGGAGCUGUGGGUGAUUCUUCCUACCAAGGCGGAAGUCCUCAACCAACACUCAAUCUCGGCUCUACGACUAGGCUACGAAACGAAAGCGAAGGGUCCGCAAGGCAUUCGAUCUUCAAGCGAAAGGGACGGGAGGGUCAAUUUCAUUCAGUUGAGAAAGGGACAGAUGCGGAUGCCGCUCUCGAAGUGA